GUCAACUCGGCUGUUUCUGGUAAAACUGAACGCAAAGCAGGGUGCCAGCCCCGGGGGACUGUGGGUGGGAUUAGGGGAGCUUGGGUGCCAUCCCCAAGUGACAGAUGGAUGGACCUUUCAUCUGAGAGAAAGGAAGAGACACGUGGGCAGAUGAGCCUGGCACGUAAGAGUGCCUGUGGAGCAAUCACCAGGCAGAGAAGACGGCGGAACUGAAGGGAAGAGCAGAAAAAGCAAGAAGGGCGCAGACUGUGGCCCACUGGCUACCUGACCAGCUACUCACCCAAAUCGGAAGCAAAAUGUCCCUGAAGCUGCCAAGGAACUGGGAUUUCAACUUGAAAGCGGAGGCUGCGAAAAUAGCUCGGUCAAGGAGCGUGAUGACUGGGGAGCAGAUGGCGGCCUUUCAUCUACCAAGCACCCCCAACCCCCUGGAAAGGCCGAUUAAGAUGGGCUGGCUGAAGAAGCAGAGGUCCAUCGUGAAAAACUGGCAGCAGCGGUACUUCGUGCUGAGAGCUCAGCAGCUCUACUAUUACAAGGAUGAAGAGGACUCCAAGCCGCAGGGCUCCAUGUAUCUACCAGGCAGUACAGUCAAAGAAAUCGCCACAAACCCUGAAGAAGCUGGCAAAUUUGUCUUCGAAGUUAUUCCAGCCUCAUGUGACCAGAACCGCACAGGACAAGACUCCUACAUCCUCAUGGCCAGCUCUCAGGUAGAGAUGGAGGAGUGGGUUAAGUUCCUCAGGAGAGUUGCUGGCACGCCCUCUGGAGCGGUGUUUGGCCAGCGCCUGGAUGAGACUGUGGCCUACGAGCAGAAGUUUGGUCCUCACCUGGUGCCCAUCCUGGUGGAGAAGUGUGCAGAGUUCAUCCUGGAGCACGGUGUGAAUGAAGAGGGCAUCUUCCGCCUGCCUGGGCAGGACAACUUAGUGAAGCAGCUGAGAGAUGCAUUUGAUGCAGGGGAACGGCCUUCUUUUGACAGGGACACAGAUGUGCACACCGUUGCCUCUCUACUGAAGCUCUACCUCCGAGACCUCCCAGAGCCCGUGGUUCCCUGGAGCCAGUAUGAAGGGUUCCUGCUCUGCGGGCAGCUCAUGAACGCGGAUGAGGCAAAGGCUCAGCAGGAACUGGUGAAGCAGCUGUCCGUCCUUCCUCGGGACAACUACAGCCUCCUGAGCUACAUCUGCAGAUUUCUGCAUGAAAUCCAGCUGAACUGUGCCGUCAACAAGAUGAGUGUGGACAACCUGGCCACUGUGAUUGGAGUGAACCUCAUCAGGUCGAAGGUUGAAGACCCAGCUGUGAUCAUGAAAGGGACUCCUCAGAUCCAAAGAGUGAUGACCAUGAUGAUCAGAGACCACGAAGUCCUCUUUCCCAAGUCUAAGGAUGCACCACUGUCACCCCCUGCCCAGAAGAACGACGCCAAGAAGGCUCCAGUGCCCCGGAGCUCUGUGGGAUGGGAUGCCACAGAAGACCCACCACUCUCCAGGACAGACAGCUUCAAUAACACAGCAGGUAGUCCUGAUGCCACCAGCCCCACUGGACCACAGUCAGGUGAGCAGCAGCAGGAGGACAAUGAGAACACCCCCAGGGAAAACCCAGGAGACUGGAAGGUGCAAUCCCGCAAAAGGACUCAAACGCUCCCCAACCGCAAGUGUUUCCUGACGUCAGCAUUCCAAGGCACCACUAGCAGCAAACUGGAAAUCUUUAAAAAUGAGUUCUGGUCUCCAUCUACAGAGGUGAAGACAGGGGAAGGGCACAGGAGAACUAUGUCUCAAGACCUGCGCCACCUUUCCAAUGACCAGCGGACUUCUACCUACGAUAAUGUCCCUGCCCCACUAGGGUCCCCAGGGAACCCAGCAGGUACACUUUCUCCUCCUGCCUGUGACUCCAAGAGAGAUGCUCUUGUCAGCACAGACUCUGAAAUGGGGUCUGGAAGCAAGAACUCUGGAGAGGAUGACCUUGACUCUUUACAGAGGAUGGUCCAGCACCUGCAAAAGGAAAUCGAAACCCAGAAGCACAUGUAUGAGGAACAGAUUAAAAACCUGGAGAAGGAAAACUACGACGUCUGGGCUAAGGUGGUCAGGCUCAGUGAGGAGCUGGAGGGGGAGAGGAAGAAGUUCGCAGCCCUGGAGAUCAGCCUUCGAAAUGUGGAGCGCUCCAGGGAGGACGUGGAGAGGAGGAACAAGGUCUUGGAAGAAGAAGUCAAGGAGUUUGUGAAGUCAAUGAAGAAGCCCGAGACAAAGACCGAGGCUUGAGGCUCUGAGGUGUAUGAUGGGGACAGUCAACUCCACCUCAUUUCUCCAUGUUCCUGAUGACUGGAAAACAGGAUCACCUCCUAAGAUGGACAGGCUACCUGAGGGGAAGUGCUACAGUCCUCAGCAAAAAAACAAAACAAAACAAAACAAAACAGAAUGUGGGGGCGAGCAACAGUAUACCAGGACACUUGUGGCCGUGUACUGUACUCAAGGGUCUGUUGUUCCACUGUGGAAAGAGUGAACUGGAAUCUUCCAAAUGUCCAAAGGAGACAUUUUAGGACCCCAGGCCAGAGCUAGGCCAAGGCCUCAGGUCUUUGUUUUCUAUGCGGCUAACUUGCCUGGUCAGGUGACUCUGGUCAGCUCUGAGACAUGGGCAGGACAUGAUACUUAGCUCUCAAGUACUCACCCAAUGAGGACUCUUUGGGGAGGCUGGACUGUUGGAACCAGAAUCAAAACAAUGAGGUGUAUUUAUGAAAACAAAACUGGCAAGAAAAUUAUGUUCAAAUAAAAAAAAGAAAACAAAAAUUGAGCAAGGAUA